GUAGGAGGCUUUUCUGUAGCAAACGCGGGACUCAACUCAUUUACCGCGGAGAUGUUGUGAUAGGUGGAUGUAACGUUAGUGUUUUUCUGUUAAUAGGAAGGAUGGUUGUUAUAUCGAUAAGUACACCAUAAUGCAAUAUACUUUCGUAUAGUAUUUCGUGGAUUGCAAUGCUGUGCUGUGUACUUGCACAAACCGCAACUUUAUCGAAGAUAAGUCCUUGCUAACGUUUAUUAGUCAAAGUAUCAUAACGUUACAUGCCGUGGUAGCCACUUAAGUGUUACAACGUUGGCUAUCAGGCAAAAUUUUGGAGCCCAAAGAUAAGUGUUUGCCAACAUUAAAUAAGUUGAAGGACAAAGAUAUUAGCGUCAUGGCAAACAUCUGUUUUGAAAGACGUGCCCUGGUCGAAAUUCCCGAACCACAGCCGAAAAUUGCAGGUCGCUUGCGGAGGUCCUACAUGGAUGUUUUAAGUACCCGUGCAGGCUCUCUACCAAACAGUGCAGCUUUCCUGUCAAAACGUGGUCGCCCGUUGGUUGCCUGCACUCAGAGGCAGUGGAUUGGUGAGGUUGACUCUCGAGGUGAGGAGGUGGAGAAAUCCCCCACGACACUGUCCAGUCAACAGCUAGUCCAGCUCCUCAGCUCCCUCAUCCUCCUAGAGCAGGAACAGAAAUGCACAGAGCACACCUCAAAUCUGAAGCUACUGCUUGAGGACUUGCUUCAGAAGAAAGCCAGUGUUUACAGAUCCAUCCCCUACUCACGCCUAGGCUCCAACAGAGACGCUCACUGUUACAGAAAAGCCUACCCACACCUACUGGCGUUUAAACGUUCAUGCCAAGAGGGUGGCCAGACAUUAGAGAGAUGUGGCGAGUGGGAGUCUCUGCUGGAGUUUGCACUGACGGGCUGGAGGUGCACCAGCGAGCUGCCCCAGUGGGACACGGCAAGCCACAACGUUAUCCGCGAGCACUGCUACUCCAUGCUGGCCAAGCACUGCAGCACCGCCCUCAGGCACCACCAGCCUGCACCCAGCAAAGUCAGAGAAAUGCUCAGGAGAUUAAAAAUGACACAGGGUCACAAUCAGCAGAUGUCUUCCUGUGUAGAAGAGCUGAAGCAGCUUCUCAAAGACCUGAAACAUUAAAUGAAAGAUUUAAUACUUUUUGUGCUAAUUAUCAAGCAAAUGCUCAGAUGGAUUCCCGCCACCAAUCAAAAGGGUGCCAUGGCAACACCGUUGCCAGAUUAAAGGACUGUGUGCAGGAAAACAAACACGGAGCCUGUCAUCAUCAGUUACCUCUGCAUGCUGCGAUGUGCACAUGGUAACACUAGGGAAACCAGCUACUUAACUGCCUCAUGGUAUUUGUCUGAUGAUAUAAUUUUCUAAAUUAAUUUCUGUAUGUCCUGAGGAUAUCCUCAAGAACUAUGAAUUUUAAGGAAUCAUUUUUGUACAGUAAUUUUGCAAUAGUGGAUGUCAGAGAGAAUGUGAACUGGCCCAGUAGCCUCCUUGUUACUUGAAAUAUGUGUUUUGUAAGUCUUGAAUCUGAAUUUUGUUGUGCUUUGUAAAUAUAUUUUUUAUUUAUAUAUAAAUGUAA